AUCCGGUCGCCGUUAAGUCUCUCUUCGACUCCGCUGAAGAAACCUUCAACUCACCGGUUCACAUUCUUGUUAAAUCCGCCGGCGUCCUCGACGCCGAGUAUCCUACCAUAGCAAACACACCAGUUGAAACCUUCGACCGCAUCAUGAGCGUGAACGCAAAAGGAUCGUUUCUCUGCGCAAGAGAAGCGGCGAAGAGGCUAAAACGCGGCGGCGGAGGGAGAAUCAUUCUUCUGUCGUCGUCACUAGUAGCGGCUUUUAGGCCAGGUUACGGCGCGUACACGGCGUCAAAGGCGGCGGUGGAAGCGAUGACAAAGAUUCUAGCGAAGGAGUUGAAAGGGACGGGGAUUACCGCGAACUGUGUGGCUCCUGGACCUGUUGCGACGGAGAUGUUUUUCGAGGGGAAGACGGAAGAGACGGUGAAGAUAAUUGCGGAAGGUAAUCCGUUUGGUAGAAUUGGUGAGGUGAAAGAAAUUUCUACAGUUGUUGGAUUUUUGGCUACUGAUUCUGCUGAAUGGGUCAAUGGUCAAAUAAUUCGUGUCAAUGGUGGCUAUAUUGUUUGAAAGGCUUUGAUUAGUUCUUCCACGAGUUUGGGUAUCUUGUUAUAUAAAUAAAGAGGUGGAGACGAUUUCGAAAUCCAUGGCUUAGCAUAUUUUUUUCUUGGCUACAAUAUUCACUUUGCUUCUCAUGUUAUGUAUAGGAAAAGACUAAGUGAUUUUUGUAGGGUUUUAGGGUUGAUCCUACUCAAAAGCUCAAAAUUUAUUUUAGUGGAAAUCUCAAGGGAAACUUUUGGGGACUAUAGUAGGUCAAGCGAUUAGAUCGAUCCAAUGUAAUUCUCUGGUGUGAUAUUUCUAGACAAGAAGGAGAACCCUAAAAACUUAGGGAUGCCCUAAGAGCAAUUUUAGUCUCCCCCUUUUUAUGCUUGACAAUUUUAUUGUAAUUGAGUCAACAUGAGUAGAGCGUGAUCAGG